UGUAACCACCAUCACUAAUGUGCGGUCCAAACAAAAGGUGCUGAAGCGGCAGGCAGACACGUCUCUAGCAUUACCUUAUCUAGUGCUGGCGCCAGCGGAUUUCCAUCUGACAUGGUACAAAAUCUUCCCUUCUCUGCAAACAACACAGACUUUUGAUUGCUUGAAUCCUUGUGACAAACACUCAAAGCAAGGUCACAGCUAGGCUUUUUUAAUGUAUUGAACAGGCUGUAUUUAGACUCUUCUGGCCAAUUUCUAUUGCUUUCACUGCAUUGUUUUCCAAGGAUGUUGCCACUUUGUGUCAAAUGCUUAUUUUGAUACAGGCUUUGCCUGCUGGUGUGGGGGUACCAAUGCCCGUCCUCCUGCCAAAAUGGCUGUUCUGACUGUUGGUCACAUUGAUCAAGGAAUUACUAUGAAACUAUGGUGAUAAAUGUAUUUUGUGGGGUGGUGUCUGGUGUUUUGUCCUCCUCUUUGGCAAAUCCAACUGAUGUGCUAAAGAUUCGCAUGCAGGCUCAAGGCAGCCUGUUACAGGGAAGCAUGAUGUCUAAUUUCAUCAACAUUUACCAGACAGAGGGCACUCGAGGCCUGUGGAGGGGUGUCAUUCCUACUGCUCAGAGGGCAGCCAUUGUGGUGGGUGUAGAGCUGCCAGUCUAUGAUAUCACCAAGAAGCAUUUGAUUCAUUCAGGCCUCAUGGGAGACACGGUGUUCACUCAUUUCAUUUCCAGUUUCACAUGUGGUCUGGCAGGAGCACUGGCCUCCAACCCAGUGGAUGUGGUGAGGACACGUAUGAUGAAUCAGCGCGUGCUCGCCGGUAACCCUCUGUACAAGGGCACCCUGGACGGACUCAUGCAGACCUGGAGAAAUGAAGGAUUUUUUGCUCUUUAUAAAGGCUUCUGGCCCAACUGGCUGCGCCUGGGGCCCUGGAACAUCAUUUUCUUCAUAACCUUUGAGCAGCUGAAGAAGCUUCCAUUGUAGCUGAGUCUGUGACUUCGCUGAACUGUUUGUGCGUGUUUGUUUGUGUGUGUAUGGAGCUUCGUCCUUAGCAUUCACCAUCCCUUCUCCAUCACGUACCUAUAAGUAUGUUUAUUUAAGAACUUGUUUUAUUCUGUUCUCAUUUGUAUUGUACAUACUUGACAUAUUUAACACACUCAUUUGCACCUAAAUGCUUUAUUUUUCACUCCUGGCAGCUAUCUGUCCGUCAGCGCCAUGUUCACAGGCCCAGUGGUGAUAUCAUAAUAUAUGCAUAGCCAGCUAGAAGUCACACUGGUGAAUAUUUGAGGUAAAGCGCUAUAGCUGGAAACCAUCAGGCAUAGUUUCUCCUCACUGGCUUGAGAGCAUGGCAUCAUACCAUAAUGCUCAAGUUAAGUUACUAAAGACACGUCCGCUGGGUGAGAAUGUAGAGCAAUAGUUAGUGUAUUACUGAAUAUAAGCAUAGGUUAUAUAGGGUAUAUAUCAGAUCCCCCAGGAAUAUUUGAGGUCAAAACACUCCAAAUUAGACAUUAUCUUUUGUAAGUUAAACUGUUCACAUGUAGACACCAGAAAUCUUUUUGCUUCAUCUGUGGACUGCAGAUAUGAUAGGAAAUGUCCAUGUUACAAACUUGUAUACAGGUCAAAUUAAUACCAAAGGAACUAGUAAGGGGGUGAUGUGGCCUCACAUCCUGGAUCUUUGAACUCAAUGGGCCUUAUUUAUAAAACACAAGCAAAUUUUAGUGUAGCCUCAAUCAUUCACAUGUCCGUUCUUGCUCAAGUUGUCACAUUUAAAUCAACAUUGCUCGUUCUAUAAGGCCCAAUGUGCGCAGAAAGUUUCUUUUAUCCAAUAUUAUGUCUAAAACUUCUGAAAUGGUCCACGAAGAUGGAUGAGGAGUUUAUGCUUGAACAUGCACAGAAUUUAAACACUUGUACACAAGAUAUGUACUGUUUUUAUUCGUUUCUGUUUUUGCAACGAUCUCUUUGUCACGUGAAUGUGUGUUUGUAGUUUGUGUUUUGUGUUCUGAGAAGCACAUGCAAAAUGUUAAAUAUUUUGGCAAUUGUCAAGUGUGUAAAUACGGCUACUGUAUGAUAGAAUAAAAUAAUAGCAUAUAAAGGUUUUUUUUUUUUUUUUUUUUUUUUAAUUUUGUGGGAAGAGGGGUCGGUAGCAUUUUGGGUGCUUGCCUCCUUUGCCAAAGUGGACAUGUUUUGAACCAGAACUGCACUGUUGUUGCUGAGUUUUUAAAAGUGACAUUAUCAUUAUUAUUAUUAUUGGGAAAGUACUGUUACAUAUUUAUCAUUGUAUGUCAAUAUAUUUCAAGCCUUACCACUUCCUGCUUUUGUAUUUAUGCCUUUGCCUGAUUGUUUUAUGCCUCUUGGUGUGUUAGCCAAACAUGAAAGGUUGAACUUCUGCUAUACUGUACUGUAAACUAUCUGUAAUCAAACAUUCUUGCUAAAGUUAUAUGGGCAAACAGUCCUUCAUACGAUUUUAAGGUGACAAGUUUAAAUGGCUUAAUGUAUAUGUAAUGCCUGGGUUAUUCAGGGGUUUCCUCUAUAAUAUACUUGCUUCUAAUUCUUUCCCAGACUUAGGCUUUUGCUAGAUUGGUCACUACAGCAUGGUGCAUGAUAUAUUCCUCUCUGGAUAACUUUUGAAAAUGCUUAUUUCAUUCUGUAGCAAAGACCAAGAACCACAUUAACCAAUGUGCCAGUGUUUUUAUUUCAAUAUACUGCAAGUCACCCACAGAUCAUUUUUUGUUGUUGUUUUUGUUUUUUUUGUUUUUAUUUGCAGAUUUUCAAAAUUAUUUUUUAUUUAGCAGAUAUUUGCUGUUUUAUUAAAUGAAAUGUUCUUUUGUGUAGAUGUAAUUUAAAUUUGUGGGGGUGUUCAUUUGGACGAAUAAUGGAAGUCAUGAUGAAUGUUCUAAUACAAUGAUGACAAUUGUACUAUUUACUGCCCCAGUUUUUUAAAGUGUGUGUUAGAGAGAGAGAGAGAGAGAGAGAGAAAAAAAGAAGCAAAUAAAAUCCCCAACACUGCUUUUUUUUUUUUUUUUUCCUUCCCUCAAAUUGAAAUGCAGCCAAUACCCAUUGCUGGGUAUUAUAUUUGCUUGGAAUUACCAAUUUCCUUGUGAUCCACUCUUUGGUUAAGUGUCUUUGAACACAAACAUUAUUUAUUAUGAUCUGUUGGUUGAAUAGACAAUGAAUUGUUUUAAGAUUCUUUUUUUUUUUUUUUUUUAAAUAAUGGCUGGUUUAAAUUUUGCUUUGUCCGAUGUAACUGCACCUCGAUAAUAAACGCAGUGUUCACUGAAA